CGUCUGACUCUUCUGCCUAUAAAGUAUUGACCCCUUCUAGCAUUUACUCGCACUGGCUCAGACUGAACUUAAUGCAAACCAAAAACAAUAAUUUUAUACUGAGUAUCUUAUCCAGUAGGGAUAAAUAUAAAUUGACACAGAACAAGUUUCACUCUUUCCUGAUAUAUUUCGCCGAAAUGGGCUUUUUGAAAGUUUGUUUUUACAAAUAAACCGACGUCGUUACGUGAAGGCAUAUAUGACGUCAAAUUAACGUCAUAAACCCUUUUAUUUGACGUCGUUGCCUAACAGCGUUUCUUUUCCACGGUAGAGCAACGCGCGCGUAAUUAAACACUUAGGCCAAUUUUCUUCGAGUUGACUGUCACAGAUACGUUACUUAAAAAAGGUUGGUGUUUUUUCAUAAUCGUCGUCAUAUUGCGGCGAUAGAAUGGCAUCGAAAAAGAACGUCUUUCAGACAAUUCAGAAGAAGCGAAAAUUUGCAGACCGGCCCAUGUCGGAGUCUGAAAUGACAGAGGGAUCUACGGAUACCUCUAAAGAGAGUACAGGCGCCAAGGCUGUGACUGAGAGAGCUGUAGGUGUUCUAGAGUCUCCUCAGAAAACGACUGAUAACAAUAAUGGUAAAGUUACGCUGAACAUGAAAACUACAACUGAUAACAAUAUUGGUGUAGUUACGCAGGACAUGAAAACUACGACUGAUAACAAUAUUGGUGUAGUUACGCAGAACAUGAAGAAUACGCCUGAUAACAAUAUCGGUGUAGUUACGCAGAACAUGAACAAUACGACUGAUAACAGUAUUGGUGUAGUUACGCAGAACAUGAACAAUACGACUGAUAACAGUAUUGGUGUAGUUACGCAGAACAUGAACAAACUGACUGAUAACAAUAUUGGUGUAGUUACGCAGAACAUGAACACUACGACUGAUAACAAUAUUGGUGUAGUUACGUGUGAACCAAUACCGGCUUUGCCAGAGACUCCCAAGAUAGAUAACGUUGAUGCAAAGCCAGUGGUAUAUACGAUUGCCCCGGACAAACUGCGGUCGUUAGACGCUGAUGAAGACGGAAGCUUUCAUACCAUGUUGGCCGAGACGAUCAGUGAGUCUGAGAUCAUCGCGACUACUGAGGUUACGAAUAUCGUCGUGAAACAUGAUCUCAGUCAGCCAGCUGUUCCGAAGUCAUCGUUGAAGAAGAAGCAUCGCGUGUUUGACGUAGACGACGCUUCCGGACUCAUCCCGAGUGACAUUUUCUACCUGAACACCGACCACGUGUUGCAGCGUUGCGAGACGUUCGACCAGCUCUCCGAACUCUUGGUGAAUGCAGCGUUGAGUAGUCCCGCCAAGGACAGUGCUGAAUUCCUGAACAAGUGCAAAAGAAUCCUGAAGGUCCCCGUCGACACGCUCGAUCACUACGGUAGUAUAGGGACCUUCUUGGCCACGUUGUACGAGAACAAACAUCUGAUCGACGUGGUCAUCGACGUACGCGGCACGUUGUUUGGCGCGCACCGCAUAGCGCUAAGUUGCCAGAGCGACUUCUUUGCGGAUAUGUUCAGUAAGAGUACCGGCCGGAGAAUCCCGUUUGAGUUCAAGAUCAAGGGUGUCAGCCCCGAAGCGUUCGCCUGCUUUUUGGAGUUCUGUUACACCGGAAAACUCACGAUAAUGCCUAGCAUCGCUGCGGACAUACUGAUUGUUGCAGACGUUCUCAGGGUGAACGCGUUCAAGCGCCACCUGGACGCCAUUACAGACAGCCUUCCCUUAGAUCAGAAUGUGAAAAUGGUGGCCAAAAGCAAAGUGAGCGCGGAAGGCCAAUUGUUCAAGAAACUGUUCGCGGUGAUCGUGCGGAACCUCAGCGCCGCUGCGGACACUUCCUUCUUCAUGGACAUGGACGUAGACCUGCUGUGCCAGAUACUUUCUUCCGACGACUUAGUUGUGACGUCAGAGUACGAGGUGUUCACGAUUGCCAUGCGCUGGCUGCUUGCUGAUGAACAACGAAUCAAGCACAUCCCGAGAGUCAUGGGAUAUAUCAGGUUUGACCAGAUGUGCAUACCCGAGCUAUUCACUUGCGCAGAGACAACGGCCAUACUGCGCGGCUACGACAAGUUCCGGGAGCUGGUUCUCAUUGCUAACUGGUUGCUGACGGCCCGAAAUGUACCAAAAGACGACCCCUUUCACUUCCCAGUGUCCCGACCCCGGAAGUAUCAGAACGCCGCUUUGCUGAAACUCCAGGAUUCCGAAGCACCUUCCAGUAGCAAGGGUGACCCAGCACCGAACGGCGACGUCACUGUAGCGAUGCCUCCUCCCGUGAUGACGUCAACACCACGUGCCAAACCUGCCUCUGCGGAGGGGGCGAUUAUCGAUGCGAAAAAAGCCGCGGCGGACAUACUGGCUAUAGGCGGAUUUGAGUCGAAUGAAGCCUCGUUAGUGCCGAAGUACGUGGAGCGGUAUGACAGCGCCGAUAACCAGUGGGUGCAUUUCUGCCGACUUCCGGAACCCCGCCGACACCACGCGGCAGUCGUUGUGCGAGGAUUCAUGUACUUGAUAGGCGGAAGUAACCCUUGCGUGAAAUCGGAGCUUCCGCUGCCGACGCGGACAGUGUUCCGGAUGGACCUAUUCACCAAGCAGUGGAGAGAAGGAGUCCCUAUGAACGAAGCGCGAUACAGUCACUGCGCAUGCGCGAUCAACGAGCGGAUAUACGUGUUUGGAGGGAAAGGGGAAGGCGACAGGGUGUCGAGUACUGUGGAGUGUUUUGACGUUGUCACUGAUGGCUGGUUCUACGUGACUCCAAUGGCCGGCCCUCGUUACGCCGCCACCGCCGCCAGCCUCGGGGACCGGAUAUACGUCGCGGGAGGGCUUGGAGAGAGCCGCGAGAUACCGUCUGCUCUACACGUGCUAGAUGACGUCAUCUGCUUGGAUACCUCCGCCAAAAGCUGGAGCAACGCCCCGAAUCUGCGAUUCGCCCGUUGCUAUGCGAACCUGGUCGCUGUUGACCACACCCUGUUCCUCUGCGGUGGAGCGUCCCGCUCGUUCGAUUACAAGAACUCCGUGCUGAUCAGCGUGGGCGCGCUGGACGCGCUUGACCUCACCAGAAAUAGGUGGCGCCACGUGGCGGACAUGCUCUUGGCGCGUCACGACAUGGGCGCGGCUGUUGUAGGCGACCGGAUAUUCAUGAUUGGUGGAGUCUCUUCGACAGCAGACCGCGUGUUGACGUCAGUAGAUUGCUAUGACGUCAUGACAGGUGUUAGCGUCACCAACAUACAGGAGCUACCAUACCCAGCUAGGUCGGUGGCCUGCGUGACUGUGCCGUCGGCUGGUCGUCGGCCCGCGGGCAACAAACAGGUCAACUUCCAAAGACCCAAUGUGUAACUAAUACUAUGCUCAAUCAACCCUGGACAAUUUGACUUUUUUCGACAUUGUUUUAAGAUUAUUAGACUAAUUUAAUACCAUUACUGUUUUCUUAUUUCUUUUUGAUUAAUAAAACGCAAAACGUC